AUGAAACUGAAAACGAAUCAAGAAAACAACAAAGCUAAGAACCUAUGGUGGUGGUCCGACGAAUUAGCAAAUCUGUCAAAACGAAUAAUCGCAAUAAAAAGAUCAAUGCGAAAUGCUGGAACAGGAAGAUUUAGAGAACUAUCAACAAAACUUAAAGAAAUAACCCAACAAUUCAAAGAAACAACCAAGAAAAACAAAAAAGCAAAAUGGGAAGAAUAUCUAAAAGAAACAGAUAUCAACACCAUUUGGACCCUAGUGGCAAAAAUCAAAAACAAGCAACAAAACAACGUCGAAACAGUUCUAAUAGAUGAAACAGGAGCGACAAUAGACCAAAGUAAAAGAGCGGAAAUGAUAGCAAAAGCACUAUACGGAGACCAGAUAAAAGAAUCAACAACUGAAGAUCAAAGACACCAUAUCGAAAACCCCACAAGGUCAAGUCAAGGAUACGAGGUCAAUGACCCAAACACACAAAACUCAACGAUCACACACCAACAACACCACAACAACGAACGCAACUAUACACCGAUCACACAACAAGAAUUAUCCUCAGUAUUUCGUGAAGUAAAUAUCAAAAAAGCACCUGGAGAAGAUGGACUAGACCCAACAAUCUGCGAGAACAUUCGAACAAGUAACCCUGAAAUAUUAAGAUCUAUAUACAAUCAAAGCCUUAAACUGGGCACAAUGCCAACACAAUGGAAAAAAUCAUCAAUCUGUCCAAUUCACAAACAGAAGAAAGGUGAAAAAGAAAACCCCAAAAACUACCGACCAAUAGGAUUACUCUCCAUGUUAGGUAAAGGCCUCGAAAAGAUUGUAAACGACAGAAUCACAUACCACAUCGUUAAAAACGAAGUCCUCUCACCGCACCAGCACGGCUUUAGACCAAAUCACUCAACAAUCACAGCAUUGGAAGAACUGAUCACCAACAUCAACUCAAAAAAGAAACAAAACAAAAUAGUCACAAUCACCGGCUUCGACUUUAAAGGAGCAUUUGACAACCUAAGUUGGGAUUCGAUAUUGAGAGCGAUAAAGAACAUGAAAAUAGGAAAAGAAUACGAAAAAUGGUUCGAAAACUACUUCACAAAAAGAGAAUACAAAAUAAACUACCAAACAUCAACAUAUAGCUUAACACCAACGAAAGGAUGUGUUCAAGGUAGCCCACUAUCUCCAACACUCUGGAACAUAGUAGUUAACGAACUCCUACUGGAACUUGAGAAAGACGAAAGAAUCCACAUUCAAGCAUAUGCCGACGACCUUAUCAUCAUAACCGGAGAACCCGACUAUGAGACAACAAUCAACAAAAUAAAGCAACUAUACAAGGCGAUUAAAGACUGGUCAGACAAAAAUGGGCUAGCAAUAGCACCCGAAAAAACAGAGAUCAUGCUUGUCAAAGGCAAAGAUAAUCUACUUGGGAAUAUAAAACUAGACCAGAAUGAAGUUUCACCAGUAAAAAAUAUGAAAAUACUAGGAGUCACUGUCGAUAACAAGUUGAGAUGGAUAACACACAUCCAUAAAGCAUCUGAAAAAGCUAACAACAUAAUGAAUAUCAUUCAAACAUUAGCGAACAAAGAUAAAGGCACAUCAAAAAACCUAACCUCCCUCAUAUAUAACAUGGUCUAUCUACCAACAAUAACCUAUGGAUGCGAAAUAUGGUACAAAGCAAGUCAACAGAAGAACGCGCAAAGAAUCCUAAACAAAUCCCAACAAAGAAUUUUGCAACUAAUGACCGGGGCAUACAAAUCAACAAAAUUAACGGACCUACAAAUUCUCACACAAAAACUACCACUAACCAAAGAGAUUCAUGCAAAAGCAUACAAACACAUCGCACAAAGAGGAGGAGAAACACCGAUACUCAACCCAAAAGACAGAGAAAUCGAGCAGAAAAUCUACCCGUUCACAAAAUUAGCCCCAUGGGAGACACCAUUAACAAGGAUACAACUUCCCACACUAAACAAUCCAAACGGUCCAGCUUUGUCAACACUAAACACAAAUGAAGAAUUGAUAAUUUUCACUGAUGGAUCAAAGAUGGAACAAGGAACGGGAGCCGCUUUCGCAGCGUCAACACAAGGGAUGAUCACAUAUGAGAAAAAGCUCCAUCUUUCACAAUUCACAACAAUAUUUAUAGCUGAAAUGAUAGCAAUCGACCAAGCACUAAACUGGGUCAUAAGAACAAAUCCAGAUAACAAAAUAAUAAGAAUAAUGAGUGAUUCAGCAUCAUCCAUCCAAGCCAUUGAAGAAAGAAAGAGUAAAAAUGGACUGAGCCAAGACAUCAAAUCAAAGAUAAACAAAAUCCAAGAACGAGGACAAGAGAUAAUCUUCACAUGGACGAGAGGCCACAAUGACAAUCCAGGCAACGAAUACGUAGAUAUGCUCGCCAAAGAAGCAACCAGCAAAAAGACAAAACCGAUCCACGAAGAAAUCCCCCUGUCAACAAUUAAACACAAAGCAAAAACAUGGUUAAAACAACAAUGGCAAGGUCUCUAUGGAGAAUCAUCAAAAGCAAUGCAGAAUAUAUUCAAAGAUAAACAAAAAAUGGCGAAUAUACAGACCAAAGACAUAAACAAAUAUCUGCUAUGGUUAAUGACCAACCACGGCCCAACGUACAGUUUCCUACACAAAAUAAAAAUAAAAGAAUCACCAGACUGCGAAUGUGGGGAAACACAAACAGGAAUACACAUACUCACAACAUGUCCGAUAUUUAACAACAUAAGGGCAACACUCCUCAUGAAAAGAACCGCAACCCCAGAUGAAAUAGCCGAACUACUCCAGAAACCAGAAGGAACGUCAAUCCUUAAUCAAUUCAGCAGAAAAGCAUAUCACCAAAAUAAACAUUCAACACCCAAAUCAUCACCAAAGAAAACCACUUCAUCACAACAAUCAUUAGAUUCAACACCAGGCCAAAUGGAAGAACUCUUCAGACAACACCCAGAGAUACUGGCAGAACCAGAGAUAAGAGACACCAUAAACGUUAUCACAAACGAUGAAAACUUCACCCUGUCACAACCAAUGACACCCAAUUCACAACAACUUUUCCUUUCGAUCGAACCAAAUGAUCUUAUUACAGCCGAUGGUGGACAAAUAUUCAUUCGCUUAUCAGACCAAAUGGUAAACUUCAUCAAGGCCAAUUACAUCUCACCAUUACCAACCCCAGCAAUUCCUACAAUUGAUGAAACUGAAUUCGCCAAGAAAGAUGAUGAAGAAAAAAUGAUUGCCAUCAAAAACACUCUUCCCGAGAAACCAGCUGAGAUGCUCGAUUCGAUCUGGCGAGAGUAUAAAGAGCUCCUAAGAAACAAUGAAAACCAAAAGGAAUUAGUUAAAAGAAUAAAAGAAAACACCAAGUCGUACCUGGAUCAACUGGAAUUCAUUGAAUUGGACAUGAAUAAGCAGUCGAAAACCCCAUCCACCACCAAAGAGCAAUCCAAAGACCAACAAAAAGACAAAUUGAAAACUCAAAGUGGCAAAAGGAAAAGACAAAACAUCUCUUGGGACGAAGACAACGAAAGUCCAGUUGCCGUCUCCGAUGAUUCCGAAAUAGAAACUAGAAGAGAAAAGAAAAAGAAGAGAAAGAAGAAGAAAGAUCAAUAA